AUGACCUCGGCCGAGAAGACCCGCGUAGCGCUGGUGGGCCUUGGCCGCGCCGGCCAUUUCCACCUUCAGUCCAUGGUGCAGCUGCCACACAUGGUGGAGCUCAAAUGGGUCGUGGAUAUUGACGAGGAGAAGGCCCAGCGGAUUGCAGCUGAGCAGGGCUGCCGCUGGAGCACCAAGCUGGGUGAGACGCUCGCAGAUGUAGAUGCAGUGGUCAUCGCUUCUGCGACGGACACUCACUUCCCGUACAUUAUGGACUCCCUGCGUGCCAACAAAGCGGUCAUGGCGGAGAAGCCCAUUUCCCACGAGCUGCAGGAG